GAUUACUUAUAUAUUUUAAUAGCUAAUUUAAUAAAACUAUUUUUUAAAGAUAACUUGUUGCAUUUGAAAAUUUAUUGGACGUGGAUUGCCACAUGUAUUGCUAAUAGUAACUAUAAGAAAUAAAAAUGAGGGAUGCAACUCAAAAUAAAUUAAUUGAACUUCAACAUAAGCCUGAUUCAAUACGUAAUAUUUGUAUUUUGGCUCAUGUUGAUCAUGGUAAAACGACAUUAGCAGACUCUUUGGUUGCUAGUAAUGGUGUUAUAUCUCAAAAGAUGGUCGGUAAACUAAGAUAUAUGGACAGUAGGCGAGAUGAACAACAACGUGGAAUCACUAUGAAAAGCUCAUCUAUAGCUUUAUAUCACUGCAAAGGUGAAUCUGAGUAUCUUAUCAAUGUCAUUGAUUGUCCAGGACAUAUAGAUUUUUUUUCUGAAGUGUCUACUGCCCUUAGGAUAUGUGAUGGAACCAUUAUUCUUGUUGAUGUUGUAGAAGGUGUUUGUCCUCAAACACAGGCAUGUUUAAAGCAGAUUUGGUCAGAAAAUAUAAAACCUGUAUUGGUGUUAAACAAAAUUGAUAGAUUGAUAUUAGAAUUAAAUUUAACACCACUAGAUGCCUAUAUUCAUUUAACUCAAGUUCUAGAACAAAUUAAUGCUGUAGUUGGAGAACUUUUCAAAAAAGAUGUUUUUGAAAAAGAAGCUGAUGCUAAAGAAAAUGUUGAUAUUGGUGUUCAGUCUGGUGAAGAAUUGUAUAAUGAUUGGAGUACAGCUAUAGAAGCAGCUGAUGAUUCAGAUUUAUAUUUUUCUCCACAACAAGGAAAUGUGGUUUUCGCAUCUGCUGCUGAUGGAUGGGCAUUUAGUAUAGAAACAUUUGCAAAUUUACUGUCAAACAAACUUGGUGUUAAUGUGGAUGUUUUAAAGAAGACUCUAUGGGGAGAUUUUUAUUUACAUUCCAAGACCAAAAGAAUUAUGAAAGGUGCACAAGAAAAAGCCAAGAAACCUAUUUUUGUUCAAAUGAUACUUGAAAACAUUUGGCUUAUAUAUGAUGUCAUUAUAAAUCAAAAAGAUAAAGAACGUUUAUUAAAGAUUUCAGAAAACAUGAAUGUAACACUUUUAGCCAGAGAUUUGCGUCAAACAGAUACAAGAAUUCUAUUGCAAUCAUUUUUAUCUCAAUGGAUUCCUUUAUCUGUAUCAGUUUUAGGUAUGGUAUGUGAUAAGUGUCCUGCACCAAAUCAACUUACAGAUGUUAAAAUUGAAAAUUUACUCUGUCCUCCUAUGAAAGAAUUUAAAGUUAUGCCAAAAGAAACAGUUGCAUUGAAAAACGAUUUUUCAAAAUGUUGUCAUGAUGAUUCAGUAUCAGUUAUAGCAUUUGUUUCUAAAAUGUUUCCGAUAAAAAGAAAAUAUUUACCCCAAAAUAAACCAAAAGUUCUAACUGCUGAAGAAAUAGCUAAACGAAGAGAGUUAGCUAGAAUUAAACAUAUGUUAAAAAAUAGUGAAUUAAAAACAGAAGACUCUUCUGUAACAGAGAUUAAUAGUAAUGUAAUUAUUACUGAAGAAAAUAAGCUCAAAGUUGUGGAACGUACUGAAAAUGAGAAUGAUAUCAUGUUUAUUGCAUUUGGAAGAAUUUAUAGUGGAACGAUUCGACGUGGCCAAGAAGUGUAUGUCUUAGGACCAAAACAUGAUCCAUCAAAAUUGUCUUUUAAAGAUUUUUGUGUUGAUGAAAAAUGCACUUUGGCCACAUUAAAAUCAGAUGAGCAUGUUAUGAAAACCACCAUAACAGAGCUUUACAUGUUAAUGGGUAGAGAUUUGGAACCAGUAGAUGAAGUUCCUGCUGGCAAUAUAUUUGGUGCCGGUAACUUAGAACAAUAUAUUUUAAAGAGUGCUACAUUAUCUACAACUUUAGCUUGUCCACCAUUUACUGAAAUUAAAGCAAUGGCCACUCCAAUUAUGAGAGUUGCAGUAGAACCAAAACAUUCAUCAGAUUUGCAAGAAUUAAUCAAAGGCCUUAAACUACUUAAUCAAGCUGAUGCAUGUGUUCAGGUAAUUAUGCAAGAAACUGGUGAGCACGUAAUUGUCACUGCUGGAGAAGUGCAUCUUCAAAAAUGUUUGGAUGAUCUGCGCGAAAGGUAUGCAAAAGUCGAUGUAGUUGCUUCUGCUCCGAUAGUGCCUUUUCGAGAGACAAUUGUAGAACCACCCAAAAUAGACAUGGCUCACGAAAUUGUUGAUAACCAUAAUCAAAAAAAUGAGAUGGAAGAAAAUUCAAAUGGUCUUCUGAAUGUUUAUACAUCAAAUCAUUUAUGUUGUAUUAAGCUUCGUGCAGAGCCUUUACCAACAGCUACAACUGUUCUUUUGGAGAAAUCUACUGAUAUUUUAAAAGCACUGUCUGAGCAGCAAACGGAAAACAUUGCUGAUGUAUUAGAACGAUUAAAAAUUGAAGAUAAUGUUUCUAAAAAUACAAAAGUAGCCAUUGAUACAUUUCGGUCACAAUUACAAGAAACUCUUGGUUCUAGCUUAGAUGUUUCUCAAAUCUGGGCAUUUGGACCUAGAAAAUGUGGUCCAAAUAUUUUAUUAAAUAAAAUACCAAAUUAUUCAAGAUCAGUUUGGGGCCCAAAAGAUAAUGUGAAUGAAAUGUUGACCAAGUAUGAAAAUAGUUUUGUUAAUGGUUUUCAAAUUGCUACUCUUGCUGGUCCUUUAUGUGAAGAACCAAUGACAGGUGUAUGUUUUGUUGUUGAAGAUUGGACUAUUGAUGUUUCAAAACAAAUAAGUUCAGAUCCUUAUGGUCCGAUGUCAGGACAAAUUAUGUCCUCCGUGAAAGAUGGAUGUCGAAAAGCUUUUCAAGCUCAACCUCAAAGACUUAUGGCGGCUAUGUAUACCUGUUCAAUUCAAGCAAAUGCUGAAAUUUUAGGUAAAAUGUAUGCGGUUUUGGGUAGACGUCAUGGACGAGUGAUCAGUUCUGAUAUGACCCAUGGGUCUGCAUCCACUUUCAAUAUAACGGCUUUAUUACCAGUUGUUGAAAGUUUUUCGUUUGCUGCAGAAAUCCGUAAGCAGACUUCUGGUUUAGCAAGUCCACAAUUAGUUUUUAGUCACUGGGAGGUGAUUGAUAUUGAUCCAUUCUGGGUACCAAAUACUGAAGAAGAAUUAGAACUGUUUGGAGAGAAAGCAGAUUCUGGUAAUAGAGCUUUAAAUUAUAUGAAUGCUGUUCGCAGACGCAAAGGUUUAUCAGUGGAAGAAAAGAUUGUGGAGUUUGCUGAAAAACAACGUACUUUAUCAAAAAAUAAAUAA